AUGGCGCACGUCAUCAGUAAAACAAACAUCACCACCUCCUCCUCGACCGUCACCGUCGUGGACCACCGCCGCUCCCUCGUGCCCCAGGCCUGGGAGAAGUCGGUCCGCAGGAUCGGGCUGGCCGAGUGCGAGCAGGCGGGCAUCUCCCUCGCCCACGCCUUCGCCGCCGACGCCCUGAGCCUGUACCUGCUCGACGGCGGCGAGGCGGACCGCUACUCGGACGAGGCCAAGUGGAAGCUCCACGUGCGCAUCAUGACCUAUCUUGUCUCGGCCCAUUGCUACAGCGGCGUCGUCACGACCAUUGGUCCGGAUUAUGACGCCGUGGCCUUGUGGAUGCCUCCUGGGACGCACAUGGAUGACUGGUGGACCAUCUUCCGAAGCGGCAUGUGGCGCCUCUACUACCAGCUCGGUGCAGAGGGCCGCAAGCGCUACUACGAGGACGUUCUGCCUCUCCUGCACGAGACCAUGGACGAGGUCAUGGGAGACCGCGAGUACUACUAUCUUGCGUACAUUGGCACCAAGCCCAGUGCCCGGGGCAAGGGCUAUGCGAAGAAGCUCAUCAUGGACAUGGCCGCAAAGGCCGAUGCCGAGAACCGCGCCAUGUACCUCGAGUCCAGCUCCCGCGAAAACAUCACCUACUACGAGCGCUUCGGCUUCCAGUACCGCAAGGAAAUCUCCUUCAAGCGCGGCCCGGUGCCCGUCCCGCUCUUCAUCAUGGUGCGCGAGCCCGUCGCAGCCAAGGUUGCCGAGGAAGCCGUGCCGAUGAUGGAUCAGAUUGAGAUUGUCAAGGUGUAA